AUGACGAGCUCUCCAGAGACAGCCAGUCCCGCAGGAACCAGGCUGAUCGACAGAUCAUAUUGCGGAUCCGCGAUGUUUAACUACGUCGUUUUAGCGUGCUGUUUUUGGCGGCUAUCGAGCGUUUGGGGGAUGAAAAACAUCAGACACGGGGUUGCAAGGCAUCUAAGAUCGAUUGGAUUCCCCGAGGGUAGCGGCAUGGGGAUAUUCUUCGCCCUCGGAGUGCCCAUUGAUAUUCCCAACAAAUCGGUCCUAUUUUCACUCUACUUCGAGGCGAAUUAUGGCGUGCCCGGGGAAUGGAACUCCAGCUAUUAUUUGGACGAACCGUAUUUGAGGAAACGCAGUCUGGAUCGACGGAUGUCGUACGACGUUCUCGUAAACAAAUUGGAAAGUUUCGGUUAUUCCGGGGAGAGUUGUCUACUAAAAAUGAUCUGCGAAGUCGCGAACUAUCCUCUGUCCAACAACGGAGUUCUCGGCGAUAUUCUGCAAAUUUUAUUCACGCCAUCAUCUUCACAAAAUGAGGGUCUUCCAAGCAUGAUUACCGAAGCUGAGUAUAAGGAAGACUGCGAUAACUACUAUGAAAAAUGUCCCCAAAGUCCAUUAGCUCUGAUAAGCAAAAAUCUCAACCAUAAUAUUUGA